AUGGACGACGCCCAGCGAACCGAAUAUGCCAGACGCAUGCGUCGCUUGUUGAGUCCACCCGAGAUCCUCAUGCCGGACGGAGAAAUUGAUCAGGAAUUUUUCCUUCCAGCGCGUUUCCGACCAAGCAAGGAGCGGUACUUUGCGCACGAGGACCGAGAGGCGCUGGCGCAGGCGCUUGUGUGUCACGGUUUUGGCAACUGGGAGGCGAUGCGCGUUGAUUCUAGACCCUUUGGACUACGGUUGCGCCAGUGGACUGUUGAGGAUCUGGAGAACGCGGCAAAGCAACUCGUUGGCUGUGCAGACAUAGGGCGCUAUCUUGGAUGGCAACCAGCGAACGCCGCUGCAAUCGUCCAGGAACUGGAGCAGAACCGGGCGAACGGCCUCGCGAGAGGCACUUGGGAUUCAGUUCGCCACUGGCUGAACCCCGCACUGGCUGCUUCAAACGCGGAACAGCCGUCCUAA